AUCAUCAUUCAAAAUGAAAAUCCUGGAACAGAGUUUUUAACUUCUAAAUCAUCACCCAAAAAAGAAUAUUUCCUCUCGUGCAAUGACUUCUCAAUCCUUCAACUUACGCUUCUCCCCACCCCUCAAAACUUUGAUCAAUUCCAAUUCUCCUGGAGACAACUCACCUUGUUUUUCGGCAUCCUUCUUGAAAACCCAAUCUUCAAGCUUUGGUGGGUUUUCUUUGAAGAGAAAAGCUUUGGGUUUUGAUGGAAAAAUUAAUGGGUUUGGGGGUAAAUUUGUAAUCGUUGGUGCUUGGAGAGAAGAAGGGAAUUUGGAAGAGUUGGAUGAUGCGCCAUUGACGAUUGAAUUGCAGCAAAUUUGCAGUGAGAGUCAAUUUGAUCGAGUUAUUGCCGAAGCUGAACAACUUGAGGAGUCUUUGAUUAUACUUUGGAUGGCAAGCUGGUGCAGAAAAUGUAUAUAUUUGAAACCGAAAUUGGAAAAGUUGGCAGCUGAUUACCAUCCAAGAUUGCGGUUUUAUUGUGUAGAUGUAAACUCCGUUCCGCACAACCUUGUCGCUCUUGCUGGAGUCACGAAAAUGCCAACGAUACAGUUAUGGAGAGAUGGCAAGAAACAGGCUGAGAUGAUUGGUGGCCACAAAGCAUAUUUGGUUGUUAAUGAAGUUCGCCAAAUGAUAGAAAAUGAAUGUACGUCGUGACUGAUAGCAUCAUCUUUCUUGAAUUUCUUUUUUACCAUAAACUUAGAUUUAUUUCUGUUUAAUGUCUUCAAAUAUAAUGGCUAUGAAUUGGUAUUCGUUAUGAGAAAGCAAUGCUACUGACCCCUUCUGAGAGAGUUAA